AUGAAAUUGCCAUACCUUCUAUCACUGGCUAUAGUGAUACUUGGAGAUCCAGUAUCUCAAGUUGAUGCCAAAGUCCAUUCCGCUGUUUUAAAAAAACAACCAAUUGAAGAAAAUGCACAAAAUAUCCCCAUGUAUAGACAGAUUCAACAACUAGGAGAAAAAUAUUUGAAUACUUUUGAGAAGUUUUACCCGGAUAUUAGAUUCCCCAAGGAAAAACGUUCCUUCAUCCAUAACGACAUCAACCCAAUCAUAGAAAAUUCCUUUUCUGCAGAGUCAGAUCAUGAUAUCCCACUUUUUAAUUAUAUGAAUGCACAAUAUUAUACAGAAAUCACUAUUGGUACUCCACCACAGCCUUUUAAAGUCAUUCUGGAUACCGGCUCCUCAAAUCUUUGGGUUCCAAAUGUAGAGUGUGGUUCUUUGGCCUGUUUCCUGCAUUCUAAGUAUGAUCACAGUUCUUCCUCCACUUAUAAGGAAAAUGGUACUAAGUUUUCUAUUCAAUAUGGAUCCGGUUCUUUAGACGGGUAUAUAUCUCAAGACACCGUACAAUUAGGCGAUCUAACCAUACCAAAACAGGAUUUUGCUGAAGCUACAAGUGAGCCUGGUUUGGCCUUUGCCUUCGGUAAAUUUGAUGGUAUCCUUGGUUUAGCUUAUGACACCAUAUCUGUUAAUAAAGUUGUUCCUCCAUUUUAUAAUGCCAUCCAAGAAGGUUUACUAGAUGAACCUAAGUUUGCAUUUUAUUUGAAUGAUAAAGAUGACUCUAAACAUGAGACUGGUGUAGCCACUUUUGGUGGGAUCGAUGAAACCAAAUUUGAAGGUGAAAUCACUUGGUUACCUGUUCGUCGUAAAGCUUAUUGGGAAGUUAAAUUCGAGGGUAUCGCUCUAGGUGAUGAAUAUGCUGAAUUGGAAUCGCAUGGUGCUGCUAUCGACACAGGUACUUCUUUGAUCACUUUACCUUCUGGUUUGGCAGAAAUCAUCAAUUCUGAGAUCGGUGCAAAGAAAGGUUGGUCUGGCCAGUACACCUUAAAUUGUGACACUAGAUCCAAUUUACCAGAUCUCACUUUUAAUUUCAAUGGUCAUAAUUUCACCAUCAGUCCAUUCGAUUACACUUUAGAAGUCUCUGGUUCUUGUAUCUCUGCUAUCACACCAAUGGAUUUCCCUGAACCUAUAGGUCCAUUGGCUAUUAUUGGUGAUGCUUUCUUACGUAAGUAUUAUUCUAUUUAUGAUUUGGGUAACGAUGCAGUUGGUUUAGCUAAAUCUAUUUGA